CUUCCAUAAAUGUUCAUACUGAUUAACAGCCCGACCAAACUAUCGACCGAAGAAAAGUGUGCAGUCUUAGGGUUGUCUUAAGGUAAUGGUUUUCAAAAGAGAGUGGGACUCGUCCUGCCCGCGCGUGUGGGACCGAUGGGAAGCCAACGGAAGGACUUGGGUGGUGCAGGACCUACGGCCAGAGGACGACGAGAAAGCUCUGCGAAUGAUGGUGGAUGUUUUUGUCCCUGAUGAGGCUCUGUGUGCAUCUUGUGAUUUUUACAACGAUCCAGUCAGCAUAGCAAGUAUCGAAGAGGUCUGGAAGAAGACUAUAGCUGAGCGUAUGACCUUAGGAUGCUACACGGAGGUGAACGGUCGAAUGACCCUCGUGGCUCUGAACGCUUGCUCUGUCAUGGAGAAAGGAGAACACCCUGAAUUAACGAUUGAAGGCAAAGCGUGGAAGAAUGUGUAUGCUGUGAUAGAUUACAUAGAGCAGAAGAAAGAUGCGUUUGAAGUGGUCGGAACCGAUGUACUACUUCAUGCACUGGGCUUAGUCGUCAGCAGAGAGUUCCGAGGGUCCAGACUGGGGGGCAGAAUCUUGGCAGCGAGAGAGCCCCUCUGCAAAUCCGUGGGUAUAAAAGGGACAGCUACAGUGUUUACUGGACCAGCUUCGCAGAAGCUAGCAGCCAACUGUGGGUUUACCACCAUAGCCCAGGUCACGUGGGCAGAACUGGCCGAUUCCGGCCUGGACUACCCAAGAGAGGAGAAAAUCGUGAAAUACAUGGUUAAGAAGUAUGACUAAGGGUUAAGGUUUUAGUAUUUCUGAUGAAACAGAAUAUUGUGCAAUAUAGUUUUGUAAAGUUUAUUCUGGUCAAGAUGACCAUUGCAUGAAUAUAACACAGAGUUUAAAUUUAGUUUAAAUGUCAGAGACAUUGAGUACUUAUAGAAUCCAUUGCGGCCGGCAAUUGGAGGUAAGAUAGCCAGUUCCUCUGUGGUUGAGGAUUACGGGUGAAACUCGCUUCCACCUUUGGCCUGAUCAUCACUUUCCAUCACAUGAGAUGCAGGCCAAGAGCUUCCUCGUUGUGAAUAAAAAACUCUAGAAGCAAGUAUAACAAUGGAUAAUGAAGUCAUAUUGACGAAAACGUUUAUUAUUAAAUCACUAAUACAAACUGUAAG